AUGCCGGCUGGGGCCGGCCGCGCCCGGCACCAUGCACACCGUGCAGAAGGACACCACCUUCACCAAGAUCUUCGUCGGGGGGCUGCCCUACCACACCACCGACUCCUCCCUCAGGAAGUACUUCGAGGUCUUCGGGGACAUCGAGGAGGCGGUGGUGAUCACCGACCGGCAGACCGGCAAGUCCCGGGGAUACGGCUUUGUGACCAUGGCAGACAGAGCUGCGGCUGAAAGAGCAUGCAAAGACCCGAACCCCAUCAUCGAUGGCAGGAAAGCAAAUGUGAACCUGGCGUAUUUGGGAGCAAAACCAAGGAGUAUUCAAACUGGUUUUACCAUAGGUGUGCAGCAGCUACAUCCAGCCUUCAUUCAGAGACCCUUUGGACUCACGCCUCACUAUGUUUACCCUCAAGCUAUCAUCCAGCCCAGCGUGGUGAUCCCUACCCCUGUGCAGUCCAUCACGUCUCCCUAUAUCGACUACACCGCCGCCAGCCAAGCCUAUUCCCAGUACACCACAGCUGCCUACGAUCAGUACCCCUACGCUGCCUCCCCCGCUGCCGGGUUUGUGGGAUACGGCUACACAGGCGCAGUCCAGCCUCCCAUCACCGCCAGCAACCCAGCGGCACCCGCCACCGCUUUCGUGCAGUACCAGCCCCAACAGCUGCAGCCCGACCGCAUGCAGUAAGGGCCCUGCCCGCGCCUUCGGCACCUGGGACAAUCUUUUACAAUGGAAGGAUACAACUAGGACAACAAAAGCAACAAAAAAAACCAAUAAAAGAAACAAAAGAAAAAAAAAUCACCCUGCCCCUUUAUCCCCUUUAUGUAGGUGCAUAUCAAUACCUAAGCUAUUUAUAGUGUUAAGGGCGAACCCAAACCCUUGCAGUCUGACUGUGCUCAUGAAAAUGGACUUCUGGUAAGUUGUUUUUUUAAAUCUGGACAGAUACAGUCUUGAAGAUGUUCUAAAAGUGACUGAAAUGUUUAACAGGAAAACUACGGAUUCUUGCACACGUUGCGGUCUGCUUCCAUCGCCCGUGGUCGUCUUUCCGGCCCUACCCCAUCAACUCUCCCCUCCUCCUCAAACCUGCAAUCCUCUUAAUUACUGUUGAGGUACAGAGGUACUCGGAGAACAUGGAAAAAAGCAAUCUUAUUUUUUGGUUGUACAAAAACUUUGUAAUACUCAGAGAUGCCUUACAGAAAAAAAAAAAAACAAAAAAACAAAAAAAAAACCACAAAAAAACCAAACAAAAGAAAAACUAUUUUUUAAUAUUUAUUGCGAUUUUAUUCGCAUGAGCUGUGAAUUGCAGACAGAAGAAUAGUAGUAAGUAUCUGCCUUGUUUAAUUCUCAUUUUACUAAAUUAUUGUAUGUAGGUAAAAGUUCUUAAGUAAUUGCUGAAUCACUUCAACAUGCAAAAGGGAAUAUUGGCUUGAAGGAGAGCAGAAUAUUCUUUAGUCAACGCACUGUACUAUUUUCUUAUUGUAAUUGUUACUCUGUUAAGAUUAUCUCAAAUUUAGGUAUAUUUUUAAAUGCAAAAAACCAACCAAGAAUACCGAACAUUUUGUCUACUUUGGUAGAUCUUUUGUUACAAUGCUGCAACCUAUGGAGACAUUUACAGUAUUUAUGUAAAAGAGAUUUGGGGCUGUUGGCCAGCGAAGCUUAGGAGAAUAUCAUGAGUGGAGCAAAAGAAAAAAAGGUUUUAUGUCAUUGAACAAAUGGGUAAACGUAACCUUUUUAAGCCUAUAAUCCAGCAGCCAAAUAAAGGAAGAGAACAGACGAUGUAAGUUAAGUGCAUUUCUACAAAGAACAGCAAUAAACUAUUUUAACUUUUAAAAUUA